AUGGUUGUUUCUAAAGAAUACAUUAUAAUUAAGUUACUGCACCAUCGAGUAAUGGAAGAGAUUCCCGAUUUAAUGUUAGUCCUAAAUCGAGGAAAAAAUUUAUACGAACCUUUUUUUCUGGAUCAAACCUGGGUAUUUAGUAAGGGUAGCAUAUGCAAAAAGACAUGGCAAGACGGUUCAGUAAACACUGCUCUUGCAAAAACUGGAAAAAACUGCAGAUACAUUGUGGUUCACGCUGGAAAUAAAAACGGUUUUGUUGAAGGAGCUUCUUUAAUUUUUAAAGCUAAUAGCAAAUUGGGAGACUAUCAUGACAACGUGAACCAGGAAAAUUUUGAAAAAUGGUUCAAAGAACAGUUGAUACCAAGUUUGCGGGAACCAUUUCUUUUUGUGAUAGAUAACGCAAGUUAUCAUAGUAGAUUUGAGGAAGAAAUUCCUCGAAAGAGUUGGACAAAGACAAAAAUGAUAACAUAUUUAAAUGGGAUUGAUUAUGCACCCAAGACCAUGAAAGACCAAAUCUGGGGAAUAUUGGUUAACAAACAAUCCCAAAAACGUUAUCAUUUAGACUUACACACCCAACAUCAUGGGCAUUGGGUAUUGAGGCUGCCACCUUAUCACUGCCAUUUCAACGCUAUUGAAAUGGCAUGGUCGGAAGUUAGAAGAAAUAAUGAUAAGAUCAUUCCAAGAACCUGA